ACUCAAUUUAGACUAGAUUUUAGAUUCACAUUAAGGCCCACAAGGCAAUGAAGAUAACUGAUUUUUUUGUUCAUUCUGAAACUGGCGCCACGCCCACCUCUCCCCCUCUGUAUAAACAAACCCAAACCAAUCCUUUUAUAGACUGCCAAAGAAAAGAAACAAAAUAAAUCUCUGCAUCAAUCAAGAACUGAAGAAACGAAAAAACCACGAAUAUUGAUCUUUUCAAUGCCUGUGGCUACCAAGGAGCCCUUUCCUCCAAUAACAAACGCAGCCCUUCUGACCUCAACACGACUCCCUCCUUGAACCAGCUCAAGAAACCCUUUCUUGGAUCCCAAGAAAACACCACCACCACCACCGCAAAUUAUCCUAAUUCUUUCCACCGUUGCUUUUCUGAUCCAUGUUCUGAACCAGUGGCCAACCAAUUAGCUCUGCAAUCACCACUCGAUAGCUCCAAGAUGGUAGGGACUAAUGCAGUGUCUCUGCCAUCACAGCCAGCACUGAGAAGGUCAGUGUUAGACCCAUCUCCAAACGAGAGCUGUUCACGGUCGUCAAGCUUUAAGUGGCUGAAGAAGAUGAGGGACAACAUGAAGGAGAUCAAUCAGUUGUGGGAUGAGAUAAUUAUGCCUGCAGAUGAAGAACCACCGUGCGAAAAUCAUGAAGAAGAUGAUAAGGGCACUGAGCUAGAGAAUAUUAAUGCUAUCAAGAGUGAUUCAGAGACAGAUUGUGAAGAAUCUGUGACAGUGGAAAGAACUGGGGAAUGCUUGAUUAUUCAUUUCAAGUGCUCUUGUGGCGAAGGCUAUCAGAUUCUUCUCUAUGGAAGAAAUUGUUACUACAAACUCAUGUAGAUUCUUCUCUUAUUGGCCCAAAAUCCUGAUAUCAAUUACUGAUUUACUUCUUUAUUUCCAGACUGGUCAUUCAUUCUUUAGGUUAUCCAUAUUUUUUUUAUGUUCACAAGAUUUUCAGAGUUGUAAUGCUGCCUUCUAAGCCAAAAGUUUCUUUUCUUGAUUGAUUUUUAUUGAUGAGUUACUAUUCAUCUGAUUUGAUUGUGUACUAUGGGAAGAUUAGUGUAAUGGAGAGAGUAGAUGCUGUAUAAACCCUGUUGGAAUUCUUGCAUUGAAUUGUUAAUCAAGAAAUUUUCUGCUUCAGCUUAUAAA